AUGUAUCAAAUCUCAGAUGGUAUGCGCUAUUUGGAACGUAAGAGAUGUGUUCAUCGAGAUUUAGCAACACGAAAUGUGCUUAUCUCUAAUACCGGAUGCUUGAAAAUCAGUGAUUUCGGUUUAAGCUUUAGUCCUGCUAUUCAGAUACCAAAAUUAUUGACUAAUGCACAUAUUCCAAUACGCUGGAUGGCUCCAGAAACGCUAAUUCGUACACCGAUUUAUUCAUCAAAAUCGGAUAUUUGGUCAUUCGGUAUUGUAAUAUAUGAAAUAUUUAGUUGUGGUGGGAAACCAUGGCCGGAAAAACCGGUAAAAUGGAUUGCAACGAAAAUUCGAAAAGGUGUAACACCUGAAAUGCCAAAACGAAUGCCACGUCUUAUCAGAGAAAUAGCUAGCGCUUGCUUUCAAUUCGAACCAGAUGAAAGGCCCACCUUCAAACAGGUGAACGGUUGGAUUCUUUUAGUACAAGGAAUACGUUUCCCACCAUUACCUCCUUCCACACUAUCAGUGGCACAAUUAAAAAAUGUUAAACCAGUAAAAUUCAUUGAAAAAGAUCCGGACGCAAUUACGAUAGAAUUAGACGAUGUAAAAAGUAUUGGCCAACAGCCUGAUGAUGAUAACGGCUCUAAGGAGCCAAGACAGACAAAGUCGUCCGAAACAAAACUAACUGUUCCUGUGGUGAAUAAAAAUAUAUUACCAAAGAAUGAAGAUAAUGCGGGAGUAUCGAGACAGCAAGCAGAAUCGAAUAAGCUAGCAGCCACGGUAUCAGAUCGUGAUGAUGAGUGCUCUAAAGAUGCUAAAAAGGAAUUAGACGAAAGGCUCGACAAAAAUACCGGUCAAAAUCAAUAA